AUUCUCUGUGUGUGUGUGUGUUGUUCAUGUAGAGGAUGAGACUAUGCAGAGAGUACAUGGGGAAGAGUGGGACUCAUCAGCAUUUGCUUCUAUUUCAAUAUCCUCGCCAUCAUAAGCGUUACUUCUUCCCUCAACAAGGAAGAGGCACAAGUUUCUCUGCAGGAGAUGACUCAUGCCGGUUCAAGAGUGGUGUUCGAUCAACAAUACUAGAAAACCCCCCAAAUACUGCAAGGAAAGCUAACAAGGCAGGGAGCUUCUCUUUUGCACCCAUCAUCGUACACAACAACAUCAACAGCAGAACACCAAGUAAAAGAACAAACUCUCCUAUGAGAUUCCCUCUCUUACGUUCAGGAUCUCUACUGAAACGUUCAAGCUCCCCAAGCCAACCAAAGAAACCGCCCUUACCAGAACCACAAAGAGCGAUACCUGUGUCGAGAAAUACAGAGAUAGUGGAGAUAAAGCAAUCUUCAUCGCGUAAAGGGAAGAAGAUUCUGAUGCUCAAGGCGUUGAUGAGCAUGAGCAAGUCCAGAAACUAAACCUCUUGUACUUUGAUGUCAUCACCGUUCCAACAGCCUAAAAGGCUUAAUUGGCUAAGCAGCCCAACUACUCAAUAAGCAGUCCACGAUACAUGGCCCAUGAAAACUAAUAAUCUACUCGUGAAGUCCGAAAGUCAAGUCCGAAAGAGAAGACGGAGAGUCAAAGAGGUAUGAGAAUCUUGGAAGAACCAAAACGAAGCUGAAGCAUCUCAA